AUGAGUUCCGACGAUAAGUUUCAACAAUUGAUCGAUAGGGAGUUCGAUGAACUGGUUGAAGAGGUGCAACGUGAAGCUGAAGAGGAGGAGGCGGCGGCGGUCCCUCGGCCGAUCCAUCAUCGGCAGAUAAUCUGCCGUGACCAUGUCGGGGCCGACCAGCGGCUGAUGGAAGACUACUUUGGCGAUAACCCCCGUUAUCCGCCAGAGAUUUUUCAUCGCCGAUUCAGAAUGUCGCAACGACUCUUCAUCCAUAUAGCGACGACGUUGGCGCAGCGGUACAGGACGCUGAGACAGUUUUGUAAUGCCAUCCAGGAUAUCUUCGGUCGAGAGUAUCUACGGAAGCCAAAUGCCAAUGAAUGCCAGAGAUUGAUAGAUAUGCACGGGACGGAGUGGGGGAACUGCUCGGUGGCUUGGAAGGGGCAGUUCACUUCUGGAUUCAAAGGGAGACACCCCACGAAGAUCCUGGAAGCCGUUGCUGACUACCGUUUGCGAAUCUGGAAUGCUUAUUUUGGUGUCACAGGGUCGAACAACGAAAUCAAUGUUCUACAGUCGUCUCAUCUCUUCAAUGACGAGUGUCGGGGUGAGGGUCCGACGGUCAGAUUCGUGGCCAACGGCGCGCAGUACAACAGGGCAUACUAUUUGGCCUAUGGGAUAUACCCUCGUUGGCCCGUGUUUGUCAAGACGAUCCGACAACCGGUUUGGCCGAAGCAAUCCUAUUUCGCGGCAAAAUAA